AUGCAUGAGAAACCAUGUGAAAAUACCACAGAAAAUGCAACAGAAACGCGCAAGAGAUCAAGAACUAGCGGUGACAAGCAAUUGCCGACAGAUGGAAAAUUGAAAAGUGCGUCAACGAAGCUGCCGCCAACCAGGCCAACACUUGCAAACGAAGAAGCAGAAUCUGCAUCUGCCAUUCAAGUCGUAACAAAUGGAGUUACGGCGAAUGCACAGACAAGCGCCACGGAAUCAGCAACGAAAAUAAAUCCAGCAAACAGCCACACUACCAUUACGGCAACAUCUACAACGGCUACGAAACCUACAACUGCCACAAUCACCACUGCGACGGGCAGAGAGAUAAUACCAAGCGCACCGCCAAGCAAUUAUUGCAACCGACGCACUUGGAUCACAACCGAUCGCCUAAAUGAGUUACGUCGUCGCGCACAGGAGGCGGUCAAACAUAAUAAAACCUUUACUAUACGCGGCUCAUUCCAUUCCGUACGCAAUGCGCUCGUAACACGCGGUUGGAUUGAAAAGUUGGAUGUGCAUCGCAAACAAAUUCCAACAGGCGUCUGUCAAGUGACUUACGAUGAUUUGGCACAGGGCCUGCCUAAACGCAAGCCGGGCGAGACGCGACGCCAGUAUAUUGGCAAGUGUGAACGCAACAUUAUGUCGCGCUUUCUCGAACAUAUGCCCAUCGACUUUUUGUGGACUAAUCGUAAGGAGAAAUGCGAUUAUAUAGACCAAGCUAAAAAUCCCGGUAUGAUUAUAAAUAAAUUCCAUCGCGCGCCAUUCACCUCGAAGGAGGGUUUAUGCGCGCAGUUGAAGGACUUCCAUUGGUUUUACGAGGAGGGCAUGUCUGAGCUAUACUUUCCGCGUUGUUACAACGUUUGGAGUCUCGAAGAGUUGGCCGAAUUCAUGGAUAAUUUCAAGCUUACCGCUUGCAUUGCAUUCGUACGCAUCGUAGUUGAUCGUUACCGCCGAAAGGGACUCGAUGCGAUCUUCUCCACCAUGGGCACGGUGCCAUACAACAGCAUUGAUUUUGCGCUCAAACGCUGUGGUGAUUACUUAGAUAGUUGUCAGCAUAAGGAUAUUGAUUUGGAGGAUUUGUCACGCGUGUGGGAACAUGAGUGGGAUGUGUUUUUUCAUCAGCAUCAGCAGGUCGUUAUAGAGGAGGCGAAAAUUUUUACCGAACCAACGCGCGCGCCAGAGUAUACAAUGAAAGCGAGUAUACAACUUUUGGAAAAUUUACAAAGCUAUUGGCCGCAGUAUACGCUAGAUGGCUACCAGAAUUUAUGGAUUGUUAAACCAGCGAAUAAGUGUCGUGGGCGUGGCAUACAAUUAAUGGAUAAUUUGAAGAAAAUAUUGGUGCUUGUAAAUCCGUCAAUCGGUUCAAAGAGUCGCUAUGUGGUGCAAAAGUAUAUAGAACGUCCUCUAACCAUACACCAUACCAAGUUCGAUAUUCGUCAGUGGUUUCUCAUUACCAACGUGCAACCACUUGUCGUUUGGAUGUACAAAGAGAGUUAUUUGCGUUUCAGCUCACAGGAGUAUAGCCUGAGUAAUCAUCACGAAUCGGUACAUUUGACUAAUCAUGCCAUUCAAAAGAAGUACAAUAAUGGUAAACGGGAUAAACGCCUACCCAUAGAGAAUAUGUGGGAUUGUUAUUCAUUUCAAGCGUAUUUGCGUCAAAUCGGCAAAUAUGAUAUGUGGCAGGAGCGCAUCUAUCCGGGUAUGAAGAAGGCUAUCGUGGGCACAAUGUUGGCAUCGCAAGAAAAUAUGGAUCGUCGUCCAAAUACAUUCGAAUUAUUCGGUGCAGAUUUUAUGAUAUGCGAGGAUUUCUAUCCGUGGUUGAUCGAGAUCAAUUCAAGCCCCGAUUUGGGUGCAACGACCAGUGUGACGGCGCGCAUGUGUCCACAAUGUCUGGAGGAUGUAAUAAAAGUAGUCAUCGAUCGUCGAUUGGAUCCAAAAUCUGAUAUGGGAAACUUUGAACUGAUCUAUCGCCAAGUCGUGCCGCCUACACCCGCCUACAUGGGGCUCAACCUGUUCGUUAAGGGCAAACAAAUCGUUACCAAACUGCCACACCAUCACCAUCAUCAUCAUCAUCAUCAUCAGACACAGCAACGUGACCGUCCCGCCCUAAACGGUCAUGCGUAUCGCCAUCGUGCCACUAUCACACCAGCCAUCUCGAAUGUACACAAAGCAAUGCCCACCUUCAAUGCCACGGAAUAUGUGGAGAAAUACAUUAUGGAGGCAGGCAAUAGCAGUCGCAGCAGCAUAAGCGGUGGUAUUGGUAGUGGUCUUACCACUUCGGGUGCCAUCAUACACUCCUCGCCCACGCCAAUGCAAAUGGUGCAGAAUGCACGCCGUAAAUAUCAUACGACUCCGCAGGCGCAAGUAAUGAUCUGUCCGAAUCUGCUGAAAACGCCGCGCUCACAAAUCGGCACACGGCGCAAAUCCUUCACAAAUCUCUCAAACAAAGCUAACACAAUGCCACCUAGAGGUGCGAAGGAUCAACAGCAGGCGUCGGCGGUGCCGCUUAUCAAGCGACAUCGCAGUUGUGGGCCGCGGCUAAGCAGCGGCAGCGCAACUGCUAACAUCAGCGGGGCAACCAAUGAAGUUGAUAAAAACUUCAAGUUCAUUAUUAAAAAAUGCGGCAUACCACAGGCUGCGGAGGUCAAAGUUCACACGCCAUUUUCAAAUAAUCAAACACCCGAUGAAAGCCUUACGUUGCACGCAAUCAAAAGCAAAAGCGCCGAUAACAUUAUUGAUAUAUUACGUAGAAUGAAAGGUCAACAGCAGCGUUUGACAAUGCAACAACAAGGGCUGCUACAAGCCACAAAACCACCGGCGCGCAGUCGAAGUGUGACGGCGAGUGAGUUGCACACCGCAGCUGUAAGCGAGAAGUCACUCAAGUCUUUGUUGGGCAGACAAACGAAGGCAGCGGCGGCAGCGGCGGAGGCGGCGAGUACUACCGAUGCAGCGCAAGUUACACAGAAAGGUUGCAAUUCCGCAAACAUAAGCACUGUGGGGCGUAGUCUUGUAACCUGGCGUCGCUCUAGGCGCCAUCAUAAUAAUCGUUUAACCGCAACCGCUAACAGCACUAAGUCAGCGUCCGCCAGUGUUUAUGUUUGCAAGAAGACGCCAAUGUCGAUGUUGGCUGUCACGGCUACCCACCACAACUUGGGCUUAACGGUCGCGGAGCGUAGUACACGCAACACCAACGCCACCACAGCUUCCAACGUCCAACGCCAUAGCUAA